AUGGAUUAUUUUGCCUCUUUAGAGGCUGAAAAACAUUCAGACCAUUCAGAAUCCUCCAGCUCCCCCAGCACUAUUGGACACAAUUCCGAUAAUUUCACACAAAUAACAACUCUUUCAAUUCUUACCUCAAAAAUACUUGGGGAGAAUAGUAUUCUUCGCGCAAAAAACAAUGCCCUGGAAAAGGCUUUGGUCUGCAGUGAUGAAAGGAAUAAUGUUCUCACCCACGAGCUUGAAAGCCUCAAAGAAUCACCUAUAACGCUCGCAAACCGUGCUGCAGAAAUUCUCAAAGAAGACAUCCGUAAAAACGAAUUUGAUAUUGUGUCUUGGAUGAAGACAGCCGGCACCUUCUCUGCAGUCAUUGCCGAAGUUGACAGGUGCUCAAGCCCAUAUUUAGAAUCUGGUGGUGCUGCACGUUCUAAGCCUGUACCUCAGCCCUUGCCUGCUGACAAGAACCUGUCGGCGCCGGCGAUUUGGAAAACGAAAACGCUCCCCCCCCGAAGCCUCAGAGGAGUAGCACCAUCUAGCUCCCAAUUUUCAACCGAGAAGGCCUCUCCUUGCAUCGUCACCCUAACCAACAUACCUAGGGGAAUCUCUCCCAUAAACAUUGCUUCAAUAAUUCGGGGCGGUAAAAUCGAAAGCAUCUUUAUCUCCCGCGAUGAUGAGAAAAAAACCCAGCUCGCCAGAAUUCAUUUCUCAUCGCAUCUUUCCGCUAUCGAAUACGCAACCUGGGUAAACCGAACUGAUCCGCCACUCUAUAUAAACGGCGAGAGGAUUCCGGCGGUUUUGGGAUUAGGGUAUCCUGCUACGAGAACAAACGCGAGCAGAGCACUGUUAUUCGAGACCAUUCCAGAAUAUCUAAGCACAUAUCCGCAAUUUGAGAGGUGGGUUCUGCUCUCCAUCACUGCCAGAAUCCCCGGGGUGCUAGCCCAUGAUGCGAUCCAAGAGAUUAGAUUAUGGACCAACGGGAGUUUGGGUUGUAAACUACAAGGCGGGGUGGUAUUUCAGUCGAUUUCAAUAUCUGUACGAAUGAUGGAGACUUGGACCUCAGCUGGGUAUAAGUUAGAGAUACUAUAUGGAAGUGAUGAUUGUGAGGGUGAAUUAGAAUCAACCCGCAGAGAAUGGGUUUUGCUUAGGUAA